AGGAAUAAAGCACAUGAUGUUUACAUAAAGAUGGAGACAGUAUUAUGUAUUCCUUUAUAUUCAUCAACAACAAUCCGAUUAAUUUAUUAAACAAUGAUUUUUCAUUUCGUAACGAAUCGAUCGAAGAGACAUCAAUAUUGGAUAUACCUUAUAAUGAUGACAAUACGAAGAUUAAUAAAAAUAUGAAUUUCAGUUUAGUGACAACAGUGCAAGAAGCAGUUGUUGAUGCAACGACGUCGAGUGCCAAUUUUUCUAUGCCAACGGAAUAUCAUGUGGAUAAGAAGUUCUUACAUGACUUCGGGAAUGUCAGUCUAGCUAUAUCUAAGCUAUUCUUUAGCAUCACAGCAAAAGCUGCUAAUUCGACGAAACAUGUUGAGGAAACUGAAGAAAUUAAUCAUUUUUAUUUUUAUGAGACUGAGCAAUUCACAGUCCUUUGGAUACUGUUUGCCAUCAUUGUUCUCGGAAAUACAGCAGUCCUUGUAACGUUAUUCAUCAAUAGAAACAGAAAGUCACGAAUGAAUUUUUUCAUCAAGCACUUAGCAAUUGCAGAUUUAAGCGUUGGUCUAUUGAACGUUCUCACAGACAUUAUAUGGCGUAUCACAGUGACAUGGCAGGCAGGCAAUUUAGCAUGUAAAUUUAUUAAAUUCAUUCAAUGUUUAGUCACAUACGCAUCAACGUAUGUCCUCGUGGCACUCAGUAUCGAUCGAUAUGAUGCAAUAACACAUCCAAUGAACUUUUCUAGUUCAUGGAAGCGAGCGAAAAUGCUUGUUAUCAGUGCAUGGAUCAUGAGUGCUCUAUUUUCCACUCCACAAUUCUUUUUGUAUGAGGAAACGCUCAUUCAAGGACGAACACAAUGUUGGAUAGAGCUUGGUGAAUCAUGGCGAUGGCAGCUGUACAUGACACUUGUAUCUAUUGUGCUGUUCAUAAUACCAGCUUUGAUUAUCUCACUAUGUUAUGCGAUAAUUGUAAAAACAAUUUGGGAGAAAGGCACUUACAUGGGUACGAAAGAUAAAAGAAAGAAUGGCAAAAAUGGCAAUGCGGAUGAUGAUGACAAGGGCAGUAGACGUGCGAGCUCUCGAGGAAUUAUUCCACGUGCCAAAGUGAAAACUGUUAAAAUGACAUUUGUGAUUGUGAUAGUAUUUAUUGCAUGCUGGUCGCCAUACAUCAUUUUCGAUUUAUUGCAAGUUUUUGAUCAAAUACCAAAAACUCAAACGAACAUUGCGAUUGCGACCUUCAUACAGAGUCUUGCACCGCUUAAUUCAGCUGCAAAUCCAUUGAUUUAUUGCCUCUUUUCCGCUCAAGUGUGGAAGACUUUUAGACGUACUGCUCCCUUUCUAUGGCUUUCGAGAGUGUGCUGUUGCAAGAAAAAGGAGCUACCGAAAAGUCAAUUUACAAAUGGGAGGACGAGAGGCGGACCUCGAAAUCUUCAUCAAAAUUAUGACUCAAUGAGAACAUUCACAACGUCAUUAACUGUGACAUCGAGACAUUCAACUUGUACGAGACCGAAUCGAGUUGUUAUUUUGGAGAAUCCGAAAGUAUUUUUGCCGACGCAGGAAGAGAAUGAGAGAUGACAACCAAUAAACCAUCACAUCAUGCUAAAUUAAAGAAAUAUUCAUGAAAAAAGUUUCUUGAACUGGAAGAGCAGCAGCAGAGACAUUUUUUUUAUUACAUCUCUUCAAGUCGACACAGAUUCCUUUCUGCUUUUCUCAUUUUCUGGGUUUGAGAAUCUAAGGAUGAAGAAAUUCAGUUUUUUUUUUCGUGUGAAAGCAGCUAAAUGACACAAAAGAAAAGAAGUAUGACAUGUAAAGGAUAGAACAUGCAUUCUGAUUUCGCCACAUUCUAUUUCAUGACAUAAAUGAUAAUUUUUUACGAUUUUUAUCAUAUAUCAAUAGCAAACUUAAACGUAUAGAUGAAGAGAUCAAUAAUAAUAACUUUUUAUACACAUGAA